AUGCUAGUCAAAGACCUGCUGGACCCGGUAACCAAUGAGUGGAACCCAGCAGCCAUCCGGUCUACUUUACCUCAGUAUGAGGACGCCAUAAGAUCUAUCAACACCAAUAACUUACAGUUACAUGAUUCCUUGAUUUGGCUACCUGAAAAAUCAGGAAUUUACUCCACCAAAACGGGAUACCACCUAGCUGCUAAUGGUUCUUUUGCAGGGACUGAGCCUCCUAAGGAUUUUAGCUGGACAAAGAGCAUCUGGCAGUUAAAAGUGAUCCCAAAAAUUAAAAACUUCCUGUGGAAGGCAUCUAACGGAGCUCUCUCCCUAGGCAGCAACUUGGCAAAAAGAGGCUUGAUGACUUCACUCUGUUGUAAAAGAUGUGGAGAGCGGGAAGAUGAACUCCACCUCUUCCUCCAUUGUCCUUAUACGCAAAGAGUGUGGUCAGCGGCUCCCCUGUACCAUCACUUUCUCGCAGGUACCUUCCCAAACUUCCAAGCUCUGUUAACCAAGGCUCUGUUAUCUGUUGCGCUGCCCCCCUUGGGUCUGUAUGCAACUCCUAUGGCUCCCUGGAUUAUGUGGAACCUGUGGAAAGCCAGGAACCUCCUCAUCUUUGAAGACAUAGCCUUCUCAGAACAGGAUAUAAUUCUGAAAUCCCUAAAGGAAGCUAACGAGUGGCAAUCAGCUCAAUUAGCUUUACCAAAACAACGUGCUAGACCCGUAGCUCCCCUGACUACGCAGCAUAACAUUCCAACCCACAAAUGCUAUGUCGAUGCGGCAUGGAGUGCUCCCACAGGAAACUGCGGCCAAGGCUGGAUCCUUUUGGACCCGCUGGGGAACACCCUUAUCCGAUCAUCUAUGUCUCGAGGCUUUGUAGGUUCCGCGCUAUCUGCUGAAGCUCUGGCCAUCCGGAGUUCACUAACAGCGCUGUCGAGGUCCCCCAUCCUCGCGUCUAUCAGGCGGCUUGAAGUUCACUCGGACUCUCAAGUCCUGAUAUCCAUCCUCAACUCCAAAGCUAGUUCUAAAGAACUCAAAGCUAUCAUCCAUGACAUCUUUUGUCUAAGUACAAAGUGGUCAUCUAUCUCUUUUAUUUUCGUCCCUAGGUUGGACAAUGUAAUCUCUGAUUCCUUAGCAAAGACUGCAUUGAUUGCAGCAAACUCUUCCUCCCUUAGGGGAGUGUAA